AAUGGAGAGCUGCAGGGCCUUUCUCACGCCUGUUUCCCUAAAAACAUCGGAAAUUGACUGCCUGUGGGGACUGAGGUCAUCAUGAAUCUCAAGCAGUCUAUGGCAGCCCUUCUAUGGGCGUCGAUGGUGGUUCUGGGCGAGCAUACCCUAGAACCGCGCCCGGUGGCGGAUACAUUCGAAGUCUUUACGAUUAUGGUAGACAACAUUACGGCCAAAUUCAUCCCGUACGGCGCUCGCCUGAUUUCUCUACAUGUACCCGACAAGGAGGGCACCCCGCAGGAUGUUGUUGUCGGCUAUGAGGACCCAAUCCAGUAUCUCAACGAUACCAAAACCAGCCAUACCUACUUUGGAGCUGUCAUUGGCCGUAUUGCCAAUCGCAUGAAGAACGGGUCAUUCACCCUGGGCGGAACUGAAUACAACAUCCCUAAGAAUCACGAUGGCCUGUACACCCUGCAUGGCGGAAACGCUGGCUACGAUCAGAGAAACUGGACUGUGACGGCUCACACGUCUUCUUCCGUGACGUUUGCUCUUUACGACAAUACGGCAGAAGGCUUUCCAGGUGACAUUGUCACUCACGCGACGUACACCGUCGACUCCAAGCGUACUACGGAUAACCCGCAGGGAUCGCCCAGGCUGGUGACGGAGCUGGUUUCUCUAGCGCUCACUGAAUCUACUCCCAUCAUGCCUUCAAACCACAUCUACUGGAAUUUGAAUGCGUUCAAGCAGCCCACUAUUCUUGACGAUACCUGGCUUCAGCUUCCGCUAUCUAGGAGGUUUAUCGAAACAGACAGCAAUCAAAUUCCCACCGGCGUUAUCGCCACCGUUGAGGAUAGCGACCAUAGCAGCAUGGACUUUACUGUUGGUAAAACCAUCGGCCAAGACAUACAGUAUACUGAAGGGUUGUGCAGACCUGGUUGCAUCGGCUACGACCACUGCUUCAUCAUUGACCACGAUCCCUCUAUGCCGCUGCCGAUGAUAGCUUGGUUCCGGCACUUCGAUUGGACUCCAGCAAUACAGGGAUCAGCAUGGAGGUUGCGACGAAUCAGCCCUCAGUACAGGUCUUUACGUGUCUGAACAUGGAUGGAACAAUUCCUGUCAAGCCCUCUCAGGAGGAGCGUAACCAGAAAGACAAAGAGGCCGCCGAGUUUGUUAAGAAAUAUGGCUCUCUUGCGAUUGAGCCGGAAGGCUG